AUGGAAGCAGAAGGGAGGACUGAGCUGGGUAAGCAAAAGAAGGGGAGAGUUUGCAGCAGCCUCUGGCCAGAGAGCUACCCAGCCACUGGGACUCGGACCUCCACAGUAGAUGUGGGCCCUCAGCCUUACAGGAACCUCCCUGGUGUAGGAGUGGGAAGACCAAGGCUUUCUCCUCAAGGUGGACCAAGGGGUCACCCACACACCCGGCGGCGCCACCGCACCACCUUCAGUCCAGCGCAGUUGGAACAGCUGGAGUCAGCCUUUGGGAGAAACCAGUACCCCGACAUCUGGGCCCGAGAGGGCCUUGCCAGGGACACAGGUCUCGGCGAGGCCAGAAUCCAGGUCUGGUUCCAGAACCGCAGAGCUAAGCAGAGGAAGCAAGAGCGGUCACUGCUUCAGCCACUGGUCCAUCUGCCUCCUGCCACCUUCUCUGGUUUCUUGCCUGAGUCCCCUGCUUGCCCCUACUCCUACUCAACGCCAUCUCCACCGGUGACCUGCUUUCCUCACCCCUAUAAUCACGCCCUUCCCUCUCAGCCUUCUACAGGUGGUUCCUUUGCUCGACCCCACCAGUCUGAAGACUGGUACCCUGCCUUGCAUCCAAACCCUGCUGGUCAUCUGCCCUGUCCCCCACCCCCACCCAUGCUUCCCCUCAGCCUUGAGCCACCAAAGUCCUGGAACUAA